AUGGCGCUGUAUGACUUGUGGGAUGCUGUCCAGGACUUUACAUCCAAGCUGUCGCAUCUAAUUCUUCCCAUGGUCAACCGAACAGACCCGAAGCAACGCGAUGUCAACCUCGGCCUCCUGGCGGGCACGAUGUUAACAAUCUCUAGCAGUUUGACCAUCCCAAUGCCUCUACACGCAGAGCUGUCUGAAAGGCUUGACAACCUCCUAGACCAUUUGGAAGCUAUCUGUCUGUCCCCCAAAGAACCCUCUGUGGUCGAUACUCGGCAGCGCAUUAGCGCUUUACGCUCCGCAUUGUCACCGUUAGAUGCAAGACGUGGCAGCCUCAAACGACAUCUCAUCGAGUUCGCUUCCCAGCCGCUAGAGAGAUUCAAGGAAUAUAUGAAUGAUCUGAAGGACUGUGCUCCGAAUAUUGACGAUGAGAUUGAACAUGUAUUCCAGCCCCUCGCGUUACCGGACCACUCACAGGACUAUCCGAUGCAGGUCAACAGGAGCCUGUACACGGUUUUGAAGCAGCAUUCUGGUUGUACCUGUACCGGAAUCAACUCAAGCGUGGCGGGCAAACGACAUCAGGCGCGACUGCAGCUUACCUUGACAUGCCCGACUGAUGGCGCUGACAUCGCUUUCAAUACUCUUUUCUCUCGAAGCUCCGUCGCCUGUGAUGGCGACGCGACUGGCUAUGCAUGGCAGAAACUGCAGUUCAGGAUUUCGAGGCCGAGCGUAAGGUUCAAAGACGACUCCGUUGAGAAUGACGGUUUUCGCCGCCCUAUGGAGCAUGGCGAGGCCUCCACCUGUAUCGAUAUCGGCCAAUUUUGUUCUCUACUCAGGAAAGACUACGGGCGUGGCCGCGUAAGGCUGAGAAUUCAGGACGAGAAACUAAUGCAGCUCUACGAGCCAGACAGGGAACUCGACGAGCAUAGCAAGUUCGUGACAAAUAGCCCUAGUAUCUCUUUGGCAGAGCUGUUGCAGGUGCAAGGCAUGACCGCGAAGAAUAAGGUGCUCCUCGCGUACAUCAUCGCCCGGUCUGUGUGGCAGUUCUACAAUUCUGACUGGAUGAGAACACAAUGGUCAACUGAUCGCAUCCAUUUCGUGCAGGAGCGGCCCGUGGCUGACAGGACGCGGCAGAUGUUAGACCCGAGCUACCCAUAUCUGACAUUCGCGUUCGACUCGGAAGCCACCAGCGAUGCCCCGGUGGAAUACUGCACCGAGGAUAGCAUCUAUCAUCGAUAUCCGCUGAUAUUGGCCCUUGGGAUCAUCCUCAUCGAGUUAUGUCAGAGAACGCCCGCUGACAAAUCUGCUUACGAUGAAGCUUUAGGGACCAAGAUCAACACGGACUAUUUCUAUGGGCAAGAGAGCCUUGAAAGUGAGUCAUGGCCGGAUCUAGAUCUGAACCUUGAAGCAAAAAGAACGUACAAGAAUGUCGUUAAGGCAUGUCUUAACCACGAGGUGUUCACGCAGACAGCCGUGGCCGAUAUCAAAACCCGUCGAGAAACCUUGUGGGAAGUCGCAGUAUGCCCACUAGCAAGACUGGCCGCCAAGCUGGGCUGGCUCUGGCUCGACAACGGUAGCAUUCGUAGACUGGCCACGGAGAGGACACCAGUUCAUAAGACCGAAAAGAAAGAAGAAUCCUUAGUUUUGCCCACCUCCUCGAAGAGGAGCUCUUCGCGGCAGGUACCAAGAUCUGUGAGCGCCGACUCCGAGAAGUGGCUUGACGCAGUUAAAUUCUCUGACCUGAAUAUCGAACUGGUGUCAGGGUUUCAGGAUGUACCGAGGGUCAAGGUCGCCGUCUUGGAUACUGGCUACGACCCGGCCAGCAUCUUUUUCUCCGAGCCCGAGCGCAAGAUCCGUAUCCAAAGGUGGAAAGAUUUCGCCAGGAGACUGCCCAACCAGACAAAGUCAGCCAGGGAAGACAAUGAUGGCCACGGCACGCAUGUACUGUCGCUUGUGAUGACCAUCGCUGCUGCAGCUGAUGUUUACGUGGCACGGGUAACGCAAGGCCGAACUGCAAGAGACCUCCAUGAAGCCUGUGAUAGUAUUGCCAAGGCAAUUGAACAUGCAGCGGUCAAAUGGGACGUGGACAUCGUGAUCAUGUCAUUUGGCUAUUCCGAAACACAGCCGCCGAUUGAGACGGCGAUCCUUAGAGCACUGUUGCACAAGCAUGGCCGAAUCCUUUUUUUCGCGGGAGCGGCAAAUGAAGGGGGAAACUCCCUCGAGAUGUUUCCUGCCAGAGAUGACCACGUCAUUGCCGUUCGAGGAACCAACGAAAAGGGUUAUCCCCAAGAGUUCAACCCUCCUCCAAGCUUCUCUGGCCCUGAUUGUUUCAUGACACUGGGGAAGGACGUUCCGGGCGCAGCUCUACGUCGAGAUGGCGGAGGCACUGUGCUCAGAUCGGGGACGUCAACAUCCACCCCUGUUGCGGCUGGAGUGGCAGCCAUGGUACUAGGCUAUGCCAAAAUCCAUGAAGUCGAGCUGAAGAGGGUACUAAGUCCCGAAAGACUGGCAAAGCUGCACACUAAGGGGGGAAUGCGCUCGAUAUUUCUCGCCAUGUCCCUCGAAAUCACACCGAAAUGUCGCUAUGUGAACCCCCACAACUUCACUGAUGCUACCCAUGAUGAACGGUUGACUAUGAUCAAGUCUGCCUUGUUGCACGACUCUGUUUGUUGA